AUUGUGAUUGUCCAUGACUUCGAUGAGCCAGAGUUCGAACCUCCCUCAGAAAUCGCCAACAAGGAACCAUCAUUCGAGGAGAUCCUCAGAGCAGACUUCCAUCAGGUGGGUAUUCUGAGUGUGAGGCCCAUUGUUGAACCGGUCGCAAAUGGGUUCGCUACUCGGAGAUCUUUCCAAGCGCAAGCGAAAGAGUUGUUGGUAAUAAUAGAGCAUGAACGACUGAAGUCCAAUAGCGUCUAUUCGGCGUGGGCACAGAGCGAAGACGAUAACGCGAUUCUGUAUCUCCACGGUCCAGAUGGAAACGAUCAAUCAUCGAUUGCCCGAACUAUAUCCGCCGAAUGGUCGAAUGCUAAUGACGGGGUAUUGACAAUCUUCUUCUCAUUUCAUGGCGUUGACCAUCCACGGCGAUCUAGCGCUACCUUUCUAUGCGCGCUGAUAUUCCGAGCUUUGUCCAAAUUCCCUAGCGCUUUCAAAUCAAUCCAGCGUCAUGCGGAUUGGAUCUCAUCGCGACCAGUUCUUUCUGUGAAUGAGCUGUUGAUAGUUAUCCGUGCCUUACUUUCCUCUCCCAACCUUCCCGCAAUCACAGUGAUUGUUGAUGGCAUUGAUCAAUGUGAAGACAAUGUCCUCCAGUGCCUUGAAGAUCUCACAAAAUUGGCAAAAGGAGCUCAUGCUCGCUGCAAGGUUCUAGUUACUAGUUCCCUAUCGCCAACUCUGUCAUCAUAUUGGAACGAGUUUAUCUUGAACCUUGAUCACCAGAGUAAAACUGGCGUUCAAGUCCAAGAGGUCUUGAAUCGAUACCAUAGUCACAUGUGCGUUGGCAGAAAGAUAAUUGAUACGCUUAAGUGUCUUGAAUCACCUGCAGAAGCCCGAAUUCGGUUAAAAGCGCUGCUUGCAAAUCCACUCGCGGGGAAUACCUUGGAAAGCGCUCAACCUAUCUUAGAAAUACCGUUGCAUGACCUAUAUGCGCAAUCAAUUGGCCGUCUUGAGGGUCUUAAGCCAUGGCUGACAGUCGCACUCAAUAUACCAAACACUACAGUUGACAGGAGCCAAGCUAUUCCAUUUCUUCCCUCGGAGGUUGAAGUGGAAUUAUCACACGCUCUGGGCCUGUUGAUUGAGAUGCGCGAGGGAAAGGUGCAUUUUGCGGAUUCGUCAGUUGCGAAAUUUGCUAAAACACACCUGACCGACAGGGUAAACGCGCUUGGUGCCUUCCCAGAAGUGGCCAUCUUAACCCAUUCCGGUAUCGCUCGCCGCUGCCUUCAGUACUUGAAAAUAUCCGCAUCAGACCUGGAACAAUCAACAAUUGAAGAUCGACUGUUUCGGGGUUCACAGGGUCGCAGCUUUGAGAGCUAUGCGGCGAUGUACUGGCCGUACCAUUACAAUGAAGCUGAAGACAAGUCAAUACUCCGGUGGUGGACAAAUCACAACAUGGAUCGAUGUAACGAGGCCCAGUCAACACCACUCAAUCUGGCCGCUCAGUAUGGCCUUCCGGAGGUCGUGAGAGAUCUGUUACUGCAGGAUGGAGGCGAGGCCUCGGUACCUGACAGGGCGACAGCAUUUGAGGCCGCUUUGCAAUUUCGCCAACUCCACGUGGCCCGCCAGCUAUUGCAGUUUACCGCUUCAACCGAAAAGGCAUUACUUCUGACGGCCGGCAUAGGUGACUUGAAUCUCUUUAGAGAUGCGUUUCAAAGAGAGAAUGGGUCUUCCGAUACUCUGCUCAGCAAAUGUGUCAGGAAAGCCGCAUUCCAUGGUCACCGGGAAGUCAUAGAUAUUAUUUUGGAGCUUCUUCCAGACAAAGCAUCCUUGCUCGAUAACGACACCUCUGUUAUCAUUGAGUCUGUUAACGGCGGUCACCUUCAUAUGAUUGAACAUUUGCUCAAUGUGCGGAGUCGUCCGUUGUCUGAUGAGACUGGCACGAUGAUACUCAAUGCAGCUGCCAAGGCAGGUGACUUGGAAGUCUUUGAAUUCCUAGUGUCCAAA